AUGGCAGAGAGCAGACGUACUAAUCUGAAGGAAGGUAUAGAUGCCCUCUGGAUCCGACGGCAAGAUAUGGAUAAAUCCCGAGACGAACGUGUGAGCCGCAGGUUUUACAAACACAACAAAGCCAGCGCGGCUCCAGAAAGGGAGGACGACAGAUUCACUAGACCUACUGUGUUGGAUGCCAUUAUGGAUACGAAGGUGUAUCCUGAUCCGGCUCGAUUUGCUCGUGCCGAUAGGAGCCGCACAAGGGUACUUGCAAGAGAGACGGAGAAAAGAGAGGCUCGGAGGGAUGCCCUUAUGGAACUUUAUACAAGCGCCUCACAGUUCAUUGUUCAUGAGAAUGAGCUGAAGGCGAAGAUCGACGAAGUCUUUGCGGAGGAUUACUUCCAGAAACGGAGUCAAGAGAUCCAUCGACAUGGGAUGACUGAGAAUAUGUGGGGUUCCUAUGGCAAACCACCGUCCAUUGCCAACAUGAUGGAGACUGCCACUGGGGGCUCGACAAAGGUCAUGGAGGCUGACCAAACGGAAUCUGACCGCUCAGUAAAGAGACAAAAGAGAAUAGCAGAGGAUUUGACUGGGGGCAGGAUGGUCUAG